UCAAAUACCAGUAAUUUAUACAUCUUAUCAGAUAAUGUUUGUAUUGGAAUGAAAGAAAAUGCUGUAGAAGGUAUUAGGCCAUGUCUGUUGUUUACUGUGGCUGUUCAGAAAGUUUUGAGCACUUCUCUAGUAUGAAAUUAAGUACGGGAAUUAUUAAAGAUUCCGCCGUGGCAGUAGUUGUUCUACAUUUGUAUAUACAGUUAUGAUGGGGAUGAAAUGCAUAUUAAAUUGCCUGAUAAAAUUACCGUCUGAAGGCUGCUGAAUUCAGAAGGGGCAGAAUUUCAUUUAUGCCUGCAACUUAAUAAGGCCUUCACACUGCAACAAUGGAUUACAGAAACAUUAUUUGGAUAAAAACAGAGCCAACAGAUGAGAUAUCGGCUGUGCCAGACUCCACUGUCCAGGUUUGCCCAUCCACUGCGAACGUGAAAGAAGAAUUGCAAGAGUGUGUGAAUCAAGAGUUUCCUGAACAUCCGUUGGUAACACUUGAGUCCACUAAUUGUUCCAAGGAGGAAACACAAAAAAAAUUGGGACGAGAAGAAACUGAGAACAUUUUAUACAUUCCUGGAUUUGAUCCUCAGGCAAUUAAAGAGGAGGGUUUGGAAUUUGAUGACUGUCUUCAUGAAUGUGACCCAUUGGAUAUAACAGAUGAGGAGGGGAUAGCCUCAAAAAGACUUGCACAACACAGUCCAAGGUUGACUAAAAUCGCUAAUGAGUCUAUUAACACUGGAUGUGAAGAAACACACCUGCAGGGAGCGACUUGUGAGAAGCUGGACAUUGAUGCAGAGAAAUCGACACAUGUUGUUGGUAGUGGAUCUCUAAAUCAACUGUGUUUCUCUAAGCAUGAUAAUGCCCUAUGUGCUAGAAGUAAUAACAGCUUCAAGGAAAAUGAAUUCACAUGUAGUUCAUGCAAGCAAACCUUUUUGUCAAAGUACAGUCUAAUAAUGCAUGUGUUUACACAUAUUGAUCGUGUACAGCCACCUGUACAUAUCUGUACCACAUGUGGUGAAGUAUUUCAUACCCAUGAUGGCUUGAGUAGGCAUUCAGUGGUGGAAAAAAGGACUAGCCGAGAAAUAAGUGAACAACAUAGCACAGUCUCUAAUAUAAAAUCAAACAGAUGUGAUAUUUUUGGGGAAUCCUAUAGUCAGUCAAGUCCUUCAGUAACAACCAAUGAUGAGAGACCACUCGUAUGUGACGUUUGUGGAAAAUCGUUUGAUGCGUUGCGCAGUCUUAAGAAACAUUCUUUGAUACAUACUGACAAUAGACCACAUAAAUGCAAAAUUUGUGGGGUUGCUUUUACUCGCUAUUGUCAUCUCAAGCAGCAUGCUCUGUCACAUACUGGCGAGAGACCGCACAAAUGUAACAUUUGUGAGAAAUCAUUUAUUCUGCCUAGUCAUCUCAAGACGCAUUCCAUAACACAUAUCGGUGGGAGACCAUACAACUGUGAGGUCUGUGGGAAAUCCUUUACGGCAUGUGGUAGCCUGAAGAAACACAUGCUAAUACAUACUGGCGACAGACCCCACAAAUGCCAUGUUUGCGGGAAGGCAUAUACUCUAGCCGAUACUCUGAAGCAUCAUUUAAUAAUACAUACUGGGGUGAAACCUUACAAAUGUGACUUUUGUGGCAAAUUGUUUACAAGGUCACAUAAUCUUAAGGCCCAUUUAAUACAACAUACUGGUGAGGUAUCACACAAAUGUAAUGUUUGUGGUGAAUCGUUCAGAAACUCUUGGAAUCUACAGGUCCACACAUUAAUACACAAUGGUGAGGAAAGACACAAAUGCGAUAUCUGUGGGAAAUUAUUUACUAAUCGUCGUGGUCUCAAGGCGCACAAAUUAAGACAUACUGGUGAGAAACCACACGUAUGCAAUGUAUGUGGAAAAUCAUUUACGGAGCGUGGUGGACUGAGGAAGCAUGUUUUGAUACAUACUGGCGAGAGACCACACAAAUGUGUUGUUUGUGGCAAAUCAUUUACCGAGUCUCGCUGUCUGAAGAAACAUUACUUAAUACAUACUGGCGAGAGACCGUACAAAUGUGACAUUUGUGGCAAAGCCUUUACUCAGUCUGGUAGUCUGAAUGCGCAUAGGUUAAUACACAUUCGCCAGGGUACAAAAAUUUUAUAACUGUGGAAUAUUUUAAAGAAAUUUCGAUAAGCUGGGGAGGUAUGUUACUAUAGAAGACAGAUCUCACAAAAAUAUGUCACUGAUCAGCUGCAAAAACUCCACUAGAUUUUUUAAGCAGUAUGUGCUGAAGACAGAAAACAGUAGUUGCACAGAGGGAAUUGUUCUAGAUAUUAUUAUGAUUCUAUAUCAGUGCAUUGUGGAGAGCCCAUUUUUAAAGUAUCUGAGCUCUGAUCAUUGACAGGUGUGCAUAGUCGAAAAAUUUUUACAGAUUUUUGUGAAAAAUCUUACAUGUGGAAAUGCAGACCAACUUUUUAAAGGUUGUAUUUUGAGAGAUAAUUGUUGCGUGUGUAAACUGGCUAAAAGUAGCCCCUUGUAACCAGCCAUGUGUCUGUGUGUGUCUUGAAGGAUGUAAAUGAAAAUUGAGAAUUAUGUUUAAUGU